UUCUUUCUUGCCUGAACAGCGGAUCGGAAAGGCAGUAUGUGCAUGCUUGUGUGUGUGCAUCUCCAUGCUUGUGUGCCUCUCUCUGUUCAAGGGCCGUAGAAUGAUGGAGAAGGAGCAACAUCAGCAGGCAUGAGAGACGCUGCAAACAGCUGUGUGCCUAGUGCUGAGUGGGUUUUCCUCCUUCGACAGACCUAACCAAGCCAGAGCAUUGUUGUAGCCCAUAAGGAGAGCUGAGUCCGUGGAACAGCUUGUUGUUGCAGUGGGUGAAUUCUGCAUUACUUCAUCCUGUCUUUAACAACAUCCCGAGCAGUCCAAGGAGAGAGGAGCAGAUACAAGGAGGACAGAGCCACUCAGAAGAAAGGAGAAGCACUGACUUUGCUAAGAAUCUAUCGGCUGCGUGUACAGAAAUUAUAAAAAACAUCAGGCAAACUGUAACCUUCAGUGUUAAGAUAUGCCAAAGAAAUAUAAUCCGGACACAACUUUGUAUGUGGAUUCAGAACUCUGAGGCUACCACAUUGCUCACACUCCAGCAAGGUUGAUCCAGCUACUCGGUGAGUGGGUGAGGCCCCUGCAACAGGAACACUGAGAGUGGAGUUGCAAAAUCACUGGUGAGAAGAGAUAAUGGAGACCAUUAAUUCCACUCUGGAAUACCUGGAUGAUUAUCUUGACUAUUAUUAUAAUAAUUCGAACGUGGUUAGUGUUCAGGAAGAGCCAUCGCAUGGUGGGAAAGACAUUUCUAGGAUUCUCUCAGUUGUAAUCUACAGCCUCACCUGCCUUCUGGGAAUCCUGGGAAAUGGCCUAGUCAUUGUGAUUAUUACUUUCAAGAUGAAAAGGUCCAUCAAUGCCCUUUGGUUUCUCAACCUGGCUGCUGCUGACUUUCUUUUCAACAUCUUCCUGCCACUGAAUAUCGCAUACACUGCCAUGAACUACGACUGGGUCUUCGGGGAAGCCCUGUGCAAAUUAAACUCCUUCCUGCUCAACCUAAACUUAUGUUGCAGCGUGUUGCUGCUGACAACAAUCAGCAUUGACCGUUGCGUGUCUGUGGUCUUCCCAGUCUGGGCCCAAAACCAUCGGACCAUCAAACUGGCAUGUUUGAUUUGCAUUGUCGUCUGGUCUGCUGGUUUUCUAAUGAGUUGCCCGUCUCUUAUUUUCCGGCAAACUGUAUCUCACCAAGGAAAAAUGGUUUGUUUUAAUAACUACUCCUUGUCCAAGAAAGAUCAUGACCUGGGUGUAAAGAGACAUACAGCAGUCAAUGUCAUCAAGUUUCUGACAGGGUUUGCCAUUCCGGUCAUCAUCAUCAUGGUCUGUUACACGAUCAUUGUCUUCAAGCUGAAACGAAACCGGCUCGCCAAAACCAAAAAGCCCUUCAAAAUCAUUAUCGCCAUUAUCGUGACCUUCUUCCUGUGCUGGACCCCCUUCCAUAUACUGAACCUCCUGGAAGUACAGUACGCCCACUUCUCCCAUGUGCUAUUUGAGAUUGGAAUUCCCAUUGUCACGGCUCUAGCUGCGGCCAACAGCUGCAUGAAUCCCAUCCUUUAUGUUUUCAUGGGCCAGGAAUUUAAAAAGUUUAAGGUGGGCAUCCUCUCCAGACUAGUGAAUGCACUCAGUGAAGAUACCACCUACUCAAGUCUUGCUCACAGGAGCUUCUCUAAGAUGUCCUCAAUGACUGAAAAGGAGACAGUGUUUCUCUAAUCUCUACCCUCAGUACCUUAGGGGCACACCCAAGAUAAACUCCCAUAGCUUUUUAUUUGGAAGCAGAAGAUAAUUUCACUUAGCUCUUUGAGCAUUCUCUAGUGCUCUCCAAAGACCACUUUGCAUGAGUUCCAAGAAGUUCCUGGGUUUUUUCUAACCAAUCUGUGCAUCUUCCUACAUUAGUCAUGUCUGACGACGGGUGCCAUGAAUCUUCAUUAGAGAUUUUCUGACCCACAUCAUGGAAAAAGUGACAAUACCAACUUCAGUCCCUCUUCAUGUACCUUUUGCUCUGACCUUUACACUUUUCUGCUCAUGCCACCUGAACGGCUCAUCAGAAGGACAAUAUUACCUUAAAGCAUGGUGUCCAACCCAUCCUGAAGCAGGAGCUACUAUAGUGGUUCAAGCCAACUAGCCACAUUCAACCUGCCAAAUGGCAGGUGUGUUGGACAGCAUGGCCUUAAAGCAUCCCAAGUUCAAACUGCAGAAAUGGAUUAUUGUGUCCUAGAGUUUGAAAAGUUCUGUGGCCAAAAUGCAUUUCCAUCCAUGUGACCCCUUGACUAUUGGACUUGUUAAUUCCAGUCAGUCAGUCAAUCAUUCAAUCUUGUGCCCAAAUUAGAUCCUCAAGGAUUAUACAUGCUUGCACAUAAUAAUUGUGUGUUUAAACCCUGCAUUAGUGGUGUCUGCACACAUGGUAUAGUAUUUGCCUGCACAAAUCUCCAUUUGAACAUAUAAUUGCUUAAUCUACGGACAAUUAGCACCCAUAUUUAGACUAUAUGACCUUAAAUGGCUAGAAGACUGGGUAAUGUAGAAGUUUCCAAAUACCACAGAAAUUGAAGAGACUUAUGCCACGAGAGGAAAAAAAGCACAGAAACAGAUUUCCUCUCGCAUACAUUGGGAAGAAGAUAGAGGAAGCCAUGAAUUGUAUCUCUGCUUUGAGAACAUCCUUCCAAUACUCAUCACGGGGUUCAGUAAUGGAUUCUAUGACUUUUACAGACCGCCGGGACGUUUUCCACUUCAGCCUCAAGGUGGCAGAGCUGGAGGUCCCAGAGGGUGGUGGGCAGCAGGGGCAAUUCUCUGUAAUCUUAACCUUCUCCAGCACACAUGAUGGGAUCAAAAUUUAGUCCUAUUAUAGCUGGAAUAUAUGGUGCCUAUUAUGGAAGAAAAUGAUUAUGAAUAUGUUAUGUACAGUGUAUGUGUACAGACAAUUAACCAGCACCUUAAAGGCAUAUAAUAUUGGUACUAGUAUAAUUUGGUUUUGUUCUGAACGUUCUUUUCUCAUCGAGUCCACCUGAAGUCAGAGAGGAUAAGAAUACCCCAAAUAAAUAUCAGACAGAAUACUGAUAAAAAACUUACAUUAACAUCACACCAGUACAGCAAAGGGGUCAAACAGUGUUUCUGACAUACAAACUACAUCCUGGGAUAACUUCUUCUACCUCUGCAUUUUAGCAGAGCUUUGAAGCAUGUUGUGAACUUUAAAUGUCUGAGUCAUCCCAUUGAAGUGGGUGGACCUACACCUGUGCGUGGAGAUAAAUGCUUUGGUGAAUCAGGAAAGCAAUCCAAUACUGUGACAGCAGGCUGCAUUUUGAGAUGGGUGGGGGUGUUGUGGCAUCCCAGGAAGAGAGAAUUCUAAGCAAAACAUAGGACACUUUCUUUUUGCAAUUUCUUCUGGGUAAAAAGCAGUUUGCCUCACAGCCAGGGCAAGCUCAGAUAGUUAGGGUUGCCAGAUAGUGUCACCAAAAAUACCAAACAUAUUGGGGGGUGAGGGUGGGAGUAAAGAACCAAAAGUUGUUAACCACAAAAAACAAAACAAAACAAAAAAAACCUGUCCCAAGCAGCUUUCCAUCUGAGAAAAACAGAAAAUACCAGACAUUUUACAUGUCUGGUAUUUUCUGCUUUUUUUUUUUUACUAGACACAUCCUGCAAACACUGGGCUGUCCGGUCCAAUACCAGACACCUGGCAAUCCUAAUGAUAGUUUCAUUUCAUUGGAGCCUCAAGCUUCAAACUGAUGUAGCAUCUAUCACUGCUGGGUCUGAUGGAUACCCCUUAAUCCUUGCAAGGGAUUCCCAACUAAGUCCAUCAUGCUUACAGUUUUCCCUAUAAGUUGAGUGCUUGGGUGGCCACACAGGAGAGAUUCAAAUGCCACCCAGAUGAUAAAGUACC